AUGGCUGAUGAUCAUGAUCAAGAAACACUGGAUGCGGAAAUAAGAUAUGGUAGCUAUGCUAUUGGCUCUUUUCCAAGAGAAUUUGGAUUGGCUGGUGAAGUGGAAGACAACCUCAAAGGGAUUGAAGAUAACGAUUUACCCAGAAUUUUGUUGAUGGGUUUAAGAAGAAGUGGAAAGUCAUCUAUACAAAAAGUUGUCUUCCAUAAAAUGGCUCCAAAUGAGACUCUCUUUCUGGAAAGUACCAAUAAAAUUGUUAAAGAUGAUCUAUCCAGCUCAUCAUUUAUAAAAUUUCAGGAUGAUUACUCUGAGGCGUUGAAUAGAUUGAACACUACAGUCAUAAAAGCUCAUAAGGUCAACCCAGACAUCAAAUUUGAAGUAUUUAUUCAUAAAGUUGACGGACUCUCAGAUGAUCAUAAGAUUGAGGUACAGCGUGAUAUCCAUCAACGCGCCACUGGAGAUAUGGAAGAUGCGAGUUUGGAGUCAAUUCAUUUGAGUUUCUAUCUAACAAGUAUAUAUGAUCACUCGAUAUUUGAGGCGUUUAGUAAAGUCGUGCAAAAGUUGAUAAAGCACUUGGGAACAUUGGAAAACUUGCUAAAUAUUUUCAACUCUAAUUCUGGUAUUGAGAAAUCAUUUCUAUUUGAUGUCUGCAGUAAAAUUUAUAUAGCAACUGAUAGCUCUCCAGUAGAUAUGAUCACUUAUGAACUUUGUUGUGAUAUGCUGGAUGUAGUUAUUGAUGUCUCGUGCAUAUACGGUUUGCAAGAAGAUCGUGAGGGUAGUGUGUAUGAUCAACGUUCAACUUCUAUUAUUCAAUUAAAUAACUCAACGGUAUUAUAUUUGAAGGAGGUUAACAGAUUUAUAGCACUGGUAGCGAUCCUAAGAGAGAACAGCUACGAAAAGCGAGGCUUAAUUGAUUACAAUUUUCAUUGCCUACGAAAGGCCUUGCAACAGGUUCUGGAAUUAGAUAAGCGAAAUCAUCUUAACAGCAAUGAUAGCAGUGCGAGUGUUGGAGAAAAUAUUAAUGAUCGAACUGGAAAUUCAGUUAUUGCAUAA